GCGACAGACAAGGUUGCAGGAAGGCUGAGCUCUACUCUCUCAUGGGUGAAGAACACUGUAUCGCACACCGUCAGUCAAAUGGCCAGUCAGGUGGCAAGUCCAUCUGCCUCGUUACACACUACAUCCUCCUCUACCACUCUGUCUACACCUGCGUUAUCACCAUCCUCACCAACACAGCUGAGUCCAGAUGACUUAGAGUUACUUGCUAAACUUGAGGAACAGAACAGACUCUUGGAAACAGAUAGCAAAUCGUUGCGAUCAGUAAAUGGGUCAAGAAGAAAUAGUGGGUCUUCUCUUGUAUCUAGUUCAUCAGCUUCUAGCAAUCUCAGCCAUCUUGAAGAGGACUCAUGGCUCCUGUGGGGGAGGAUUGUAAAUGAAUGGGAAGAUGUACGGAAAAAGAAAGAAAAGCAGGUUAAGGAGCUUGUUCGAAAAGGGAUACCUCAUCAUUUCAGAGCAAUUGUUUGGCAACUUUUAUGUAGUGCUCAAAGCAUGCCAAUUAAGGAUCAGUAUUCAGAGCUUUUGAAAAUGACAUCUCCUUGUGAGAAAUUAAUAAGAAGGGACAUUGCUAGAACAUACCCUGAACAUGACUUUUUCAAAGAAAAAGACAGCCUUGGACAGGAGGUCUUGUUCAAUGUAAUGAAGGCUUAUUCUCUGGUGGAUCGUGAGGUUGGAUACUGUCAAGGGAGUGCUUUUAUAGUUGGAUUACUGCUUAUGCAGAUGCCAGAAGAAGAGGCAUUUUGUGUGUUUGUUAAAAUAAUGCAGGAUUACAGACUACGAGAACUCUUUAAACCAAGCAUGGCUGAACUGGGCCUUUGUAUGUACCAGUUUGAAUGCAUGAUACAGGAGCAUCUUCCGGAGCUUUAUGUGCACUUUCAGUCUCAGAGUUUCCACACUUCCAUGUAUGCGUCAUCAUGGUUUUUAACUAUAUUCCUUACAACUUUCCCACUACCAAUUGCAACAAGAAUAUUUGAUAUCUUUAUGUCUGAGGGUUUAGAGAUAGUAUUUCGAGUAGGUUUAGCAGUACUUCAGAUGAACCAAGCAGAAUUACUGCAACUUGACAUGGAAGGAAUGUUACAGCACUUUCAAAAGGUCAUUCCACAUCAGUUUGACAGUGGUCCAGACAAAUUAAUCCAAGCAUCUUACCAAGUCAAAUACAAUGCAAAAAAGAUGAAAAAGUUAGAAAAGGAAUACACUACAAUAAAGACAAAAGAAAUGGAAGAACAAGUUGAAAUUAAA